UCUCGGCUGAGCUUUCCACCUGUUAAGUAAUCGGAGAAAAUAUACUGGUGACGUAGACUGGGCGGAGAAACAUAUCUCUUGCACCACUCGCCUCUUUGCUUACCACUUCAAUAUAUCGCAACCCAACAGACAAACAAUGGAUCGUUCCAAUUUGAACAGCCAACUGGAGCAUUUGCAGUCGAAAUAUGUCGGCACAGGACACGCAGACACCAGCAAAUACGAGUGGGGCGUGAACCAGGCGAGAGACACAUAUGCAUCGUACAUUGGACACUAUCCCAUGCUUGCAUACUUUGCUGUUGCCGAGAACGAAAGCAUAGCCCGCGUCAAGUUCAAUAUCACAGAGAAAAUGCUCCAGCCUUGUGGACCACCUCCAGAGAGGAGAGAGUAGACGCUUGGCAACAUUUCGAUCACACUAGUUAUAUCGACCUGUAUUUUUAUCAUUUACUAAAGAACGUGGCGACAUACCAAUCGCCCAGACUACCGCAUAUAUCUAUCUUAUUUCAGAGAAAUCCAAGGACUGCAAGAAAGAUGCA